GAUUCGGAAGCUGAGGCAGAUCAUACGCUAUUCUGUCGAAUGGUUAUAUGUAACAAUAGUACGGGAGUUUUUCGAUGAUCCAUCUUUACAGGAUGAUCGAAGUAUUUACGAACUGACCAACGAGUUAAACUUAUGAGAUACCAAAAACCAUUAAGAAUCAAUAUAUUUUCGAGUUCAGCAAUUAACGAAUUCCAUAGAACAGUUGAGUGCUUAUUCAAAAUCUAGUUCACAGUGGCAUAGGAGAAAAUCUUGACCGACUUGGUUGGUCUUGAAAUUGAAUGGUGCAUGUGACAGUUUUAGAGUGAGGUGUUAUUAAAUACUGGCUUCAACGCGGACCUUUGUUGGAUCAGUUGCCAUCGGAGUUCAAGUGACUUAAGCGGUUCGUGAGAACAAAGGGGUCAUGCUAGGUUCCGGUUGUGGUAGUGCAGUAAAUAGUGUCGAAGACCCAGAGUAGAUGAUGAGUACCGUCGUUAGUGUUCAGAAGAUUUCGGUUUACUUCAUUGUUUUCGUGAUGGCACUCUUUGUGGGAACAGUGCCAAUACGGGAUAUCACCGAUCAAAAAACAUCACUGGAUACCGGAUCGAUGCUGGAUCUGUUUCAUACGUUCCGAAAAUGGAUGUUCAAUUUUGUUGGAAGAACGAGUCUGCGAGCGCAUGGUUACUAUAUGCAAGAGAAAAUUCCGGAUGAUCUGCCCUUUCCGUGCAACAUUUCUCUGGGACGGAGCAUGCGAGUGCCAAAAAGCGUGCACAAACUGAGACCAGGCGACAUCAAUGUCAUCGCUGCAAUGGGGGAUUCUCUGACGGCUGCCAGUGGCGCUGCCUCAAUCAGUUUCGUAGAUCUAUAUAUGGAAAACCGUGGUCUUGCAUGGAGCAUCGGAGGCCAGUGGAAUUGGCGCAAUGUAACAACACUGCCGAAUAUAUUGAAGGAAUUCAAUCCAAAGCUCAUCGGCUACUCUCUUGGAGAUUCAUACCCCUUCCAUCGGGAAACUCAGUUUAACAUGGCCGAAAUCGGAGCCGUUUCGUACGAUAUGCCGUUUAUGGCACGAUCUCUAGUCAAGCGUAUUCGUUCCGAUCCCCGAGUGGAUUUCAAACGAGACUGGAAGUUAAUUACCAUCUCUAUCGGUGGGAACGAUAUUUGCUCGUUUGUGUGCACCAUGCAGAACCCGGAGGACCUCCCAGAGAAACAUCGCCUACGAAUGAUCAAAGCGUUGCAGUAUCUGCGAGAUAAUAUGCCACGGACGUUGGUGAAUUUGGUCUCGAUUCCGUCAGUUGAAACGGUGGUCUCAUUGAAUCCGAAACCACCAAUCUGUCAGACGUUGCACUAUGGUGAAUGCUCCUGCUGGGUUGGGAAACUGUACAACCAGAGUGACGUGUCGAGAACAAGAUGGCGUACAAUCCAGGAAAAAAUGGCUGAAGUGGAAGAAGAAGUAGUAAAAAUGGACGAAUUUCGUCGGUUGGAUGAGUUCGCAGCUAUACAUCAACCGUGGUCUACAAAACUCUCACUUAAAAUGAACGGACGAGAUGUGGAUUACUCGCUUUUGGCCUACGACUGUUUUCACAUGAGCCAGAAAGGAAACGCAUAUGCAGGUACGGCAUUAUGGAACAACAUGCUGCAAGCAGUCGGUAAGAAAAGUCGUAACUGGAAACCACUGUUUGAGGAUUUCAGAUGUCCUACAGCGAAAGAACCCUAUAUUUUUACCUAUGACAAUAGCUAGCGAUAUGCCAUAUAAGGUGCAAUACGUAAUUAAGUUUAUUUAUUUAUGUAGCUCUCACAAUGAAAUAAUUUCAAAUAGUUAAAACUUUUCCAGUCUCAGAAUUGAUUUCAACUAAAGCUGUAAGAAGGUAACAAAAGUAGUAAUAGGUUAUUAAAGUCUGAGCACCGAACUCACCAGGUUGCUCUUAAGCCAUCGAGAAAUAAACCAGAUCGAGAAUCGA